CAGGAUCUGAGUCCAUACUUGACUUCUCUGAAUGCUUUUCCUGCUUGUGGCCUUGAAAUGCACAAAGCUGGCGUUGACCUGAUGAAGUGAAGGCAUGUCAGUGUUGCAAUGGGCCUUGAACUCUCACUACCCGGUGUCCUGACAUUAUUUACACAACGUUUGCCAUCUUGAGACUGCGGACACCUGAGAGCCCCCGGGGAUGAAAGCUGCAGCGAGGUUAACGGCAGAGCGGUGCCCAGAAACGUGAAGAGAAGCGAAACUCCGGGAGCAUCUCUGCCCCGGUGGGCGAUUAUUUAAAAAAACAAAACGUGAACAAUGGCGCGUGUAUAAAUGUUGAAUUGUUAUCCUGGCAGUUUCUGGCGUAUGGCACUGAAUGAGAAUGGUGGGUAGUCUAGGCCGGACUGAAAUUCAAAAACGCUCCGCAUCAUUUUCACUGCUGGGGAUCUACAGCGGGGCGGGCGGGGGAAACCGCUCUCCAUCCCAUUUAUCCACCAGCAGCCGCUUCCAGCCCCCACGGCCAGGGCUGCACUCUAUGUGGAGCCGGGAGGCGGGGUUGGUGGGGCAUCGACAAUUUCCUCGCCCGUCUUUCCAUUAAGUUCCGCUGCUUUGGAAAGAUGCGAUCGAAUGGAGCGGAUGGCAGCCUGAGUUAAUAAUAGCCGGAGGCUGGGGUUGUCAGUCAGGGCAGCCCACUGCUUCCCCUUUAUAUCGCCUCUAUCCCUUCCCUAUUCCGUUUUAGACCCGCGUCUCCGCUGUUUCCACAAGCCAGGCUUCACUUCCCAAAAAGCCACCGGCAUUUGACGUGCUCUACAACCCAGGACCGCGACGGAAGACGUUUAAACCAAACUCAGCCCCGUUGUCUCAGUGUUCAAUCUUUUGAAAACACUUUUGUAGCGAUUGUCAUAUCGAUAACGUGAGGAUAAAGUUCAACUUCCCACGGCAUUACUUCCUGGCUUCGGCGAUGGUGCUUGAUCCAGGGGCCCAGGGUUUGGCCAGGCCCCAGAACAGCAAGCAGGCCGGCACGACCAAACCACUGAGGAAAGAGGCCGAGACAAAGAGCAGCGAUAGGAAUGGGAUUCGGGGGCACAGCAGCCUCUCCACUCCGCAGCCGGAGGCACCUUUGAGGACUAUAUCCCAGACUUCAGGGGCACUGGGCUGUGGCCUGAAAGUCAUCAGGGCACCUGCAGUGGCGCCCGGCCUUGUUGGUAACAGACAAUGCAGCUGGAUGAGGCGGAGUGAAAGUUCAUUCAACGUGAAUAACGCUGGUUCCAAUCACUCCCGGGCCAGGAUCAGGAACGCCACAUCCCUCCCUCAUAUAGCCAGGCACAUCCCACAGGAGCCGCCCCCUGUUAAGAGCCCAUGCCUCUUGGUGGCGCUGAGACCAAUGAAUGUUGAUAAGGAGAAAGAGGUGUUUUUCAAAUCUAAUUACACCUACAACCCUCAGUUUGAGUAUUCGGAACCCUUGAGCACUAACAUAAUGAGCAAGUACAGCGAGGCAUCUGACCGCUUCAUCGAACAGGCGGUACGAAUCAUGAAGAGCGUGGUCAAGAUGUACGGGUGCUACGAGAAUUUUGAAGUGGCCACAGGGGGUGCUAUGCUAUCAAAGAAUAAAAUAUGGACCUGCAUCAGGAGCUACAUGCGUAAGGAAGGAUGCUCUGGAGAGGUGGUGGUGCGGCUGAGUGAUGACCUGCUGUCUCAGGCGGUGAUGAUGGUGGAGAACUGUCGGCCCACGCUCACCAUUAACCUGGCGGGGGCUCGUCAGCACUGGCUGGAGGGAAUGCUGCGGCAUGAAAUAGGAACGCACUACAUUCGGGGUGUCAAUAACAGCCAUCAGCCCUGGCACAGUGCAGUGGGCAGGAAGCUGUACAGCCUGAAGCCGGCUAACCCAACAGAAGAGGGCCUGGCCAGCUUAAACAGCGUGCUAUACCGCAAGUACCCAUUCCUGUGGCGAGCAGCUCUGCUCUACUACACUGUGUUCCAGGCCAGUUGGAUGCCUUUCUGCCAACUUUUUCAAGACAUUGCUAAGUUUGUCGAGGACCCGAACACUCGAUGGGAGUACUGCGUGCGAGCCAAGAGAGGGCAAACAGAUACUGCACUACCAGGCUGUUUCAGUAAGGACCAGGUAUAUCUAGACGGUGUGUUGAUGCUGCUUCGAUACCGGAAAACCAUUGAUUUCAAGAUGCUGGCGGCACUGGGGAAGGUUUCAUUCGAGGAUGUGGAGCAUCUGAAGAAAUCCGCUACCCUGCAACGCACGCGGAUCCCGCACUUCAUGCGAGACCAGGGCCGCUACCUGGAGCAGCUGCACCACAUCACAGCCGUCAACGGUCUAACGGACGAGGAGCUGCUCAAGCUAAUCCCUCAGUAGACUCUGCCAGCAGCGGGUGGAGGAGAGUGUCUCCUGUUUUGUUUUGAAAUGCACUAUUUCACUGCAGCGUGCGGGUACAUGCGCACACAUACCCACACACAUAUACUGUACAUACAUAGACACAUACAUAGUACAUCUGCUCACACACACAAACAGGAACACAUUUCUACACAUAUCUGCUCAUAUUAUACAUACCUGCUCAUAUAUAUAUAUAUAUAUAUAUAUGUGUGUGUGUAUAUAUAUAUGCAUAUAAUAUAUUUCUACACAAGUACAUAAACACACCACAAAGGCACAGAGGCCUUAGCUUUUUUUUGUUGUGAUGCAUCUGAGCAUCCUUGGGGAUUAGUAUGAAAAAAAAAAUGGGCAUUUGUAACCACUGAAGCCAAAGCCUGGAGCUGGAGCUUCACCUCCUAACUUCUGUCCCAUGUGCCAUGUUUUUCCUAUUUAAAUGUAUUUAUUGUUGGCAAUGGUGCUGCUUUUUAAAGAAAAUUAUUUUAACUACUUGCUGGAGAGGGAGAACAAAAGAAAAUAAUUAUGGAUAAAAACCCCACAGACACACUUGCAUCAACAUUGAUUAUGUGCAGUAUACUGUAUCUGCGAUUAAGACUGUUUAACUCAUGCAAGGCUGUCCUCGGCUCGGGCAGAGGGAUGAAUCUGGUUGAGCUCUCCAUUUCUUCCAGAGUCGCAUCACACCUUUAAAUCAAUUCCGCUGUUUAUGUUUUGAAAGCAUGCAAAGGCUUAAAUGCAAAUAAAAAAUGAAACCAAAAAAAUAUAUGGAAAAUCAUCUAGGAGGUGAGGGAGCAAUGGUGAAGAUAGUUAACAUUUUGGCUAAUGGAUUUCCAUUUGAACUAGAUGAUGAUAAAGAUGAAUAGCUCUUUAGAAAAUAUAGUGUCAGGGAGAAGAAGGUUGGGAGUUGGACAGGAAGAGAGGUCUGUGGUGUUUGGAAGAUGUGAUUAGAUGGGAAAUUGAAUAAUGGAACCAGGCAAGUAGAAAUGGUGAUGGACAGGCAAUGUAGCAAAAGAUAGGUAUUGAUGAAAUGGAAAAGGCAAUGGUGAAAUUUUAACAGGAUGGAGAAAGAGAAAAUCUAGGAAAGAGGAGAUGGCAGAUUGAGGUGCAAAUUGUCCAAUGAGGUGUGGACAAUUGUGAUAGCUGUGUACUAUUUGGAAAUCCUGUCAAAUUAACUGGGUUGGUGGUUUGUGAUUUGUAAUAGUGAGCUGCACAUACGAUGCAGGUAGAUGAAUUCCUAAACUUGACAAUAAUAUGAAACUCGGAAAUACAGUCGUGAACUUUAAGAGCACAUUAGCUGUGAAAUCAGCAGACGGGAAUUAACACAGAGAAGUGUGAUGUGAUAGGUUGUGUUACAAAGUCAAAAGAGUGGCGACAUUAAUUAAAUGGGAACAUGUUAAAAGUGGUACAGGAGCAGACUGGCUGCACACACACCUUCAAAGGGUGCAGGCAAGUUAGGGUGGUUGGUCUAGAAUAGGAUUUAAUGCAUUGUCAAUGGAAAAGUAUGUUAAAACAUUAUAUAACUGUUCAGUUCUGGAUUUAGUAAAUUUAGUACCAUUUAGUAAAGAUGUAUAGGAAAGGGUAGGGAGGGGGGGGGGGGGUGGGAGUUAUUUGAAAAAGAUAAAGUAGGAUCUUUAGAUGCCUUGUGAGAUUUUUCUUCUUAGAGCAGAGAGAUCAAUGUAGUUUGAUGAAGGUGUUUGAUACAAUAUACAAUCAUGGUUAGUCACAGAGACAGUUCAGGUGGAUACAGAGGAUAUCGACUGAAGAACAUUGGAGAAAGUGCCAGGAUUUGGAUUAUGAAAUAAACUCAGUAGACUGUUGUGCUUUGGAUAUAGGAGCAAAAGACAAAAGAAUGAAUAAUGAAUUUUGAUUGAAAAUGUAACAAUGCUUAAAGGGGAAAUUAAUAAUGUUGUAAAGAAAGAACAGGGGAAUGUGACUCUAAGAGCAGUGCCUAAGUGAUAGGUCGAUUGGCCUCCCUCAGCGAGUAUCCUUUUCUAACUGUGAUGUUUGGCAGUACUUGAACUAGAUCAGGUUUAAGACCUGAUUUCUGCUGAUGAAAAGGAACUGCCCACAUUGGGAUCCUUGUACUGAAGAUCACUGUAUCAUUAUCCACAGUUAUUUUUGUGUGUUAAGAUAUGAUCCACUGUUCCAAGUUGGGAUCUCUGGUGGUUUGGUUUCAGUUAAAUAUUUCUGGAUGCCCUGAGAAGUCAAGAGCUGGAUGGGUGACAGCUCCAAUUGCAGCUGUGCUCAGCAGCAUGGUAAUAUUAUCUCCCUUUCACUAGAUGUGAUAAUGCUAGAUCUUUGGGGUGGGUUACCAUGAGUCUUGAGGGGUAUUCAGGCAUAGAUUCCCACCAACUGUUCCAUAUUUCUUGGGAUUUUCUUCCAAAUAAUCAUGGAUGGAGUUUGCGUUGCCUACCUUCCCCCUUUUCCCAAAACAUUCGCUGGCAGGUUCAGUUCAGGUUUGGGCACCCCUUCCCAUGACUUCUGGCUUUGCUGCUGGCAGGAUCCUCACUGACCGUUCAGCAGUAAGCUACCACAUUGACCAGUGGUAUCAGUUGGACAUUCUCAAGGCAUCCACCCAUUUCCACAGCUGCAACACUAACCCUGCACAAAAUGGACGUUGUUUAUUGCUAAUGAUCCCUGCACCUCUUAGGGUAAAAUUAAAUCUUUAAAGACUGGGAUCAGCGGCUAAUAGGAACUGGCGUGAGAUUCUUUGUGAAAAAGAUCAUAAUCAUAAAAGGAGGGCGGGUUUUCAUUUUUUGCAAUAACUUAUUUAUUGGGUUAAUGAGGUUUUGAGAUUUGGGGACAUAAAAGCUGUUUAUACAGGGUGGGGGACAAUUGUAGAUGAAUAAACUUGUAAUGAAACCCCCAGAGAUUUGUCCAGCUGAUGUUGGUGACCCAGGGUUUAUAUAGAGGGUUAAACAUUGAUGGUUGGUAACGCAUGGUUCAGAGAAACAAAGAAACCCUGAGUGUUGGUGACCUAAGGUUCACACAGCAGGUGAAAUCCUGCUCUCUUGGGAGGUACUUCCUGACAGCUGGACAGGAAAAUAAGUGCUUAAAUGUGUUUUUUGGAACAGAUUUUUAUGUACUCUGGAAAUUCACUGUCAUCUUUCAAUGUAAUAUGGAAACAAAUGAAAAAGACUGAUUUUUUUAAUCCCGAUCCAGUUUCUGUACUGUGUCCUGUUCAAUAAAUUUGUAAUGAUCGAGA